AAAAUAGGGUCAGAAGUAAAUUCAGAGAUAGAGAAGUGCAGUGAUAAGAACCACACUUUCAAGAACUUCACAAACCAUCUGUUUACACUACAGAAAGAAAAAUACAAGAGAAUCCUGAGUACCAAAGUUAUAAACCCUAUAAAGAAAUCUUUUUCAUAUGCUGUUUCAUCCAACAGAGAAGAUCCACAGUCGCUUCGAUCUAACUUGAUUGCCAUACCUCACCAUUUAUUUGGUGAUCAUUCUCAGUGCAAUUACACAUGGUGUCGUUAUCUGCAGAACAGAGAUUCAUAUGUUCCUAGGAAUCUACCCUAUGGGAAAUACCUCUCGGAUAAAGAACUCCACCAUGAUCUUGUGAAAUUAUUCACAUUGUAUGCAGAACAAUCUGACAAACUUUCUUCAUUGGAGAGCACACAAAACAAUGAGAGCUUCAAUCAAAUUGUUGCAAGAAAAAAUCCAAAGAACAACUUCUAGUCUGGUUCAAAGAGUACCAGUAGCAGAGUUGCUGCAGCUACCUGUGAAAAAAAUAUAGGACCACAUUAAGUGACUCAGAUAAAUGAUGAAUUGAGUUUGUCGCCUGGGUCCUUCACAGUGAAACAUGCUGACCGAAAAAUGCGGAAAAGGCACAGCAAUGCGGAGAAGUACUGUACUAAGGAGUUCAAGAGAAGGAGAGUACAACUGAAGAAAUCUGCCUCUAAUGCUGCAUCUUCAUCAGAGACAAGAGAAGGGGUGACAUACAGAAGUGGUGUGCUUUCUACUACCAGUAGUAUUCCAGAUAGUGACAUGGAAACCAUACCACCACCUCCACAACAUCUGCAACAAAAUCCACUACCUCCCUGUCAAUACAGCAGGGUUUAUUUUGAUCUGGAAACGACAGGUCUAGGAUUAUCAGCUGACAUCGUUCAACUGGCAGCAAGGUGUGGAGAGACUGAAUUCAACCAGUAUGUUCUUCCAACAGUCAACAUCAAUCCAAUGGCAUCAAAGAUCACAGGACUGACUUAUGAUGGUACAUUGCUGUACAAGAAUGGUGCUGCUUUACCAGCUGUUUCUAUAGAGAUGUGCCUGUCAUCAUUCUUUGAUUGGCUGAAUACUUCUGGUUUGAAACAUCCAGUGUUGUUUGCUCACAAUGCCAGGAAGUUUGACAGCCUUAUUUUUGGUAGAUCUGUACUGGAUAGUGGGAAAGAGGAACAAGGAAGAAUUAUUUGUGGGUUUUGUGACACCUUACCAAUACUGAAAGAACAUGCAUCUGGAUCCCAUCUGAACUUUUCUUUGGAGACUCUGGUAAAGGAUAUUCUUGGGUGCUCUUUUAGUGCACAUGAUGCAGUUGAAGACUGUAGAUACCUUCAGAAAGUUGUUGAGCAUCAUAAUAUUGACUCAUUUUACCUUCAGUAUAGUUUUACUCUGAUGUACAUUCUCGAUAUCAUAAAGCAGAUGGAAACUUCAAAAAAAAAAUCUACAAACUCUUAUGCCAUUAGUUGAAAAUCAUAUUAUUUCUGAAAGCAUGUGUAAGAAGAUAUCUUUUUCAGGACUAGCUAUCAAACAUCUUCAAAUGGCACAUCAAAGAACAGGCUAUGAUGGGAUACGAAGCUUAUUUACAGAGACUUUUCAGGGAAA